AUGCUACCGGAGCAUGCAAGGAUCUCAAUUGGAUUGGAUUGUUGGACAUCUCCAUUUGGGCAGGCAUUAAUGGCCAUUACUGGCUAUUUUAUUGAUGCUGACUGGGUCUACCGCGAGGUGCUACUCGUUUUCAAACCCCUUCGUGGAACACACUUCGGUGUGAAUCUGAGUACAACUGUCAUACAGACGGUUACUCAGCAUGAAAUUGAGAACCGGAUAUUUGGAUUGACCACUAAUGUUGCGUCGAAUAACAAGACUGGUUGA